CGGUUGUGUAACGUCCCUCCGCCGCUCCGUUGCCGCAGUGAAGGAAACCCCGCUCUCCCGGCACCGACGUCGCCCUGCCGCCUGUCCUUUUAAGGCAUGGGGGGGUUCCCGCCGUCACGGCCGGAUGCGGCCCAUGUUUGGGCAGCUACGAAGCUCGCGGCGGGGGGAAUCCCUCGCUCCGCCGUCCACCAAUCAGAGCCGGCCGGGAGUUACCUUGGAGACGGAGCGUAUAAAAGCGGCGCGUUCGCAGGGAGCUCAGCAUCCAGCAUCCUCAGCGCGCGGACUAACGGAACCGGCGGCCGCUUCGGAUCGGAACCGACCUGUGGACACUAUUGGGAAGCCCGGUUCUGUUGUGCACACACACCGACACUAAAGCAUGCUUCUGGAGCGCGGCGACAGCUUCAUGUCAGAGUUCGAGGACGCCUGCAGCGCCUGGGUGGACAGCGUGGGUUCGAGUCCCAGCGACGGCGCGGACUCGGACGUGGGCUCCCCGUUCAGCCAAGUCGUCUCUCCCGGUACCGACGCCUCCGACUCAGACUUCUUCUCCGACUUCAGCGAGUGCUCCUCGGACACGCUCUCCCCGUCCUUCAGCUACACCGGCGGCUUCUUCACCGAACCGGAGCCGGUUCCGGUCCCGGCGGCGGGCCUGAGCAGCACCGCGGACGCCAUCCUCACCAUGAUCACGGAGAUCGUGGGGAUCUGCACGGAGAUGGAGCAGCAGCAGAAGGCGGGAGCCCCCCCCGCCGCGCCCCCGCUCUUCGCCACCCUGCCCCCCCCGGACUCGGACCCUCAGGGGCCCCCCGCCUCUCUUCCCGUCACCGUUAAGAGCGAGUCUGCGGCGCCCUGCUGCAGCAGCGCCGCCCCCGCCGCCCCGCUCCUGGGGGGCCCCGCGGACGCCGCGCUGCCGCCGGCGGACGUGGCGGAGCUGAUCGACUCUCUGCUGAGCUCCGAGGCCGGACACUGCGACCCCCGGCCCGCCACAGAGGUGAAGCAGGAGCCGCUGGGGCUGGAGGAGUGGCUGCGCGGCCUGGGGGGGGCCGGGGGGGAUCCCGCCGCCUACGUCAUCAGCGGCAGGCCGGAGCUCGCGCCGGGCGGGGGCGACCUGCUCUGCGCCCCCUCCACCCUGGACGCGCACGUGCUGUCGUCCCUCCUGCAGGGCGCGUUCCCGAUGGUCAACCUCAGCAGCGUGCACGCGGCGGGAGCCCCCAAGCCGGCCCGCGGGGGGAGGCGGGCCCCCGCGCGCGGCGGGCUGAAGGUAAAGCCGUUCCCGUGCUCCGUGCAGGGCUGCGAGCGCCGCUUCUCGCGCUCAGACGAGCUCAACCGGCACGUGCGCAUCCACACCGGCCAGAAGCCCUUCCAGUGCACGAUCUGUGCGCGCAGCUUCAGCCGCAGCGACCACCUGACCACGCACACGCGCACGCACACGGGGGAGAAGCCGUUCUCGUGCGACGUGUGCGGGAAGAGGUUCGCGCGCAGCGACGAGAGGAAGAGGCACGGGCGCGUGCACGUCAAGCAGCAGCUGCGCGCGCAGAUGAUGGCCGCCUACUCCCUGGCUCUGAACUCUACCGGGGUCUAAACGCGCACGCGCGCCGGAUUUGAGCUUUUCUGGAUUUAACCGUCGAUUUGAUGACGUCACAGAGGACGUUUCAGCCUGACGCCACAGGUGCAUGCGCGUCACACCUGCCUGGGAGGCUCAGGUGUGGCCUCUGCGGUGCUCUGGAGCGCCCUCACCUGCUGUGGGCGGAGCCUAAGGAGCUGAAGGAGGACUUCCUGUAUCAUAUUGACGUUCCUGCAUGACGUCGUGAAGAACAGUGAUGUCAGAAUGUCGUGCUCGUUCUGUACAAAGCUUUCUAUCUGUUUGUACCAUAUCUCUAUUUUUCUAGUCGCUCGUCUACCUCCUCAUGUCGAUGUUCUACGACCUGACUGUCGACCUCUCGGAAACGAUGUCACUUUUCUAUGAAAUGAUUGUAAACACACUGAAUGAACUUUAUUAUAUAAUUUUCAUUCUGACACGAGGGUGCAGGUGUGAUCUGCCCCGGUGCAUUGUGGGAUAUGUGUCCUGGUGUCGUGGUGUGAAUUCAAACACCAGCUCAGUGCAGCUGAGCUCUGAGUAGCACACAUGGCUGUGCAAGUUUACUGUUUCCUUGUUCUGCAUGGAGGCUGCUAUCGCUGUCAAUAAACAACAACAACAACA